AGUUUGGUUGGAGUGCAACCCAAUAUUUAUACAUUCACCAUUUUGAUUAAAUGCUUCUGUGAAUUAGGCAAAGUGAAUCAUGGGUUUUGUUUGCUUGGAGAGAUUAUUAAGAGAGGCCAUCAUCCUAAUGUUAUCACUUUCAAUACACUGAUUAAAGGGUUUUGUCAACAAGGAAUGAUUGAUUCUGCACUCCAAGUGUUUGGUAAAAUGACUCACACAGGUAUUCAACCUGAUGCGGUUAUAUGUAUACACGGGCUUUGUACAACCGGUAAAGUGGGUCUUGCUCUUCAGCUUAAAAACAAGGUGGGGAAAUGGAAUUGCAGACCUGAUGUUUUUUCUUAUGGUACCAUCAUAGAUACUCUUUGUAAAGGAGGUCUAGUUGACAAAGCUUUGGUUCUCUUCUCCGAAAUGCUUAGAGAUUCAAAUGUUGUUGCGUACAAUUCUUUGAUUAAUGGACUUUGCAAUUCAGGUCGGUUUAAGGAGGCAAAGAGAUUCCUCCAAGAGAUGGCUAAUAGAUGAAUCUCUGCGGAUGUAUGGACAUAUAGUUGUUUGAUUGAUGGUCAUUGCCUACAUGGUCAUUGGGAAGAAGCAAGAAGAUAUUUUGAUGAAAUGAUGGAUCGGGGGAUUUCACUAUAGUAACCUUUAACAUAUUAAUAGAUUCACAUUGUAAAGAUGGGAUGACAGAAGAUGCUUGGGGGUUAUUUAUAUUGAUGGACAAGAUAAACAUAAAACUGGAUCAGAUUACAUAUAACUCAAUGAUUGACGGUUUGAGUUUGACAGGUCGACUGCAAGAAGCAGUUAAAUUGUUUGACUUGAUGGUAGAUAGGGGCCUCGAGCCAAAUGAAAUCAGCUACUGUGUGUUAAUUGAUGGGUAUUGCAAGAAUUGUCAGUUGGAUGAAGCUAUGCAACUAUUCGAGAAAAUGAAACAAAACGGAAUGAAACCCACUGUAGUUCCUUACACCAUACUAUUAAGGGGACUAUACCGGGAUGGAAGAAUGAAGGCUGCGCAAAGGUUUCUUGAUGAGAUGCAAUCUUUUGGUCAGUCUCCAAAUGAAGUCACGUAUAACACCAUGUUGGACGGUCUCUGCAAGAAUGGAAAAAUGGAGGAGGCAGUAGAAUUGUUUGAAUCCAUGGAGGGUAUGGGAAUUUCAGCUGAUAAUUACACUUACAGCAUUCUUAUUCAUGCUUUGUGUAGGGCUGGCAGGUUGGCAGAUGCAAGGAAACUAUUUGACGAGAUUCCAGAAAAAGGAUUAUUUCCUGAUGCAGCGACAUAUAACACAAUGAUGGUGGGACUAUUUCAUAACAGGAUGUUCUUGGAAGCUAACAAAUUAAUCAUCGAUAUGGAAGAGAAAGGUUGUUUACCAGAUUCUAGAACAUAUGAGAUUAUCAUUAUGGGAUUUCUUGAAGGAAAGGAGACUGAGAAAGCAUUACAGUUUCUUCGAAUGAUGCGUGAAAGAAAAUUUGCACCAAGUGAUUUUGUUGUUCGUUUGUUAGUAAACACGCUCCCCGUGGAUGAAUUAAAAAAUCUCUAGCUUUGUAUUUUUCCUGUGAAAUCGCGUAAUAGUUGAGAAAUUCUAAGAGGGGAACUGCAGGCUGCUGCAGCGAUUAGAGAGAUCGCUAUUACUAUAGGUGGAGUUCUUUCAGAUGGCAACAGGAGAAGCUUUAUAAGGAAUAAGCCUUCUUCUCGUUUGAGUUAUAUACCCAAAUAGAAAAGGUUUCUACUGCAAUUUAUGGUCGCUUAUAUUCAUUUAUCGGGGAUCAUUCUUGAGGUCCAGUGCUUGUGCAUCA